CGGCGCUUGCGCUGGCCACGACGUCGAGAAGAACGUCGGGUGAGUCAGUUUCUGGCGAAAAUCGCGCGUGGAAAGUCCCAUUCAGACCGCGACUUUCAAUGUCACGUUUCCAGUGUUCUCAGCCUUUUGUAAACAUUCCCUCUCAUCAAUGAUUUACCAGGGUUCGCUUUAUUGAAAGGAAAUGUAAAACAUCAAAGGUUUUGUAUGGAAAUCGCGUCAAAGGAAAAGUGUCGAUGCUGUUUUACGAUGGACUUCCUGUCUAAUGUCAAAAUUAAAUCGGGAUUGUGAAAAUGGCGUUUUUUGGGGAGUGAAGGUAGCGUAAGAUUUUGAGCAAGGAGGAAGCCACUCAUGGCUUCCUCAACAUCGGCAAGUUACGCACUCCUCUUAUGGUUCUUAUGGUUCCAAAAUCUUCCGCCCAUUUCUGCCCAGCUCAUGUGGACACCCAUAUACGUCGGCGGAAACAGUCAGAUAGAUUUAUGGACGCAAGAGGCGAAGGGCUGCUCCUGCCCCUGGAACCGAACCGACCACCAAUGUGCUUGUUGCGUGCCAGAUGGGGGAUGCCAUUGCGGAAAAAAUGCCCCGAAUCGCUGCACACAAUGUGGUCUAGAGGAACAUUGCAAUCACAUGUGUAAUGUGACGAUAAUUUCGAGCGAAUUGAUGGCAAGGUCCGGCAAAACUUUCGGCCAGAUUAAGUCGCCCUCGUUGGAGGGCCCCGACGCCUGUUGGUACACAUUUAUUCCAUCUUCAACUCAACGAAUAGAAGUUCAGAUUUAUAGACUUGUAAAUGCUGGGAAACAUAACGGCACCAGUUGUGUGGGAGGUUUUCUGCAACUCGCCGGAGGAACGGAGCCACAAUACAGCCCCAGUGACAACCAGAUUUGUGGGAGCAACGAAAGAUAUGCUCCGCCAGUCGUUUUCUUCGCUGACGAUGGAUUGGCCACGUUAUUAUUCCAGAUAACAGAGAAGACUAGGCGUUCGCAAUUCUUGGCAUAUUUUAGUUUCACAUCAAUAAAUAAUAGCGACGGGCUGGGGUACCAACCGCGAGGAGGAAUGAAGCUCCAAAAUACAGAUUGCGACUGGUUGUAUCAGGACUUCGCUUGUAACAAGUCUGAGCAAGGAGGAGACCCUUGUGUAUUGGCUAGUCCGAGUUACCCCGGAGUGUAUCCACCCCAUCGACAAUGCAAAUACCACAUCACAACUAGCAAUGAGAACAUUCAAGUACGCAUUAGUUUCACUGCACUGCUGUUACCGCAGAAUUGCAAAACAGAUUACAUAUCGAUUUACCAAGGCUCGACAACAAGUAGUCCUCUACUUACAACUUUAUGUGGUAACCAACGCAAAACUUUAGAGUAUUCCGGAUUAAAUUUACUCAUAGAGUUCAGGUCCGGACCGCAAAAACCCCACUUCGAUUAUAACGGAUUUGUCGCCACGCUGAAAUUUUUCGAAAAAUCGCACACCACCGAGGCCCCAACCACCGUCACACAGCCCACCGUACGGACCACCAUGUCCAAUCUUAUUCUUCCGCUGAACGAAACGGUAAUGUCGACUCCGGAGACUUCAGGCUGUGACAUUCUUAUAUCCGGAAAUAACACGAGGUCUGGUCAUUUCGAUACAAGGGAACACGAAUGGCAUCCCAUUUGCCGUUUAGUAUUCCAAGGCCGUCAAACCGACGUGGUCCAUGUUUCUUUCUUUAAUUAUCGAUUAAGGACUGCUUUAUGUAAGUCCGUAAUCGAAAUAAUAGACAAUAAAGUGGAAGACAAGAGGAGCAUCAUGGACAGGAUAUGUAGUCCCGUCGUGAAACAAGCUCGAGAUCAUGACAGCCGUUCCGUCGAGCAAAAGACAUACUUAUCAACGGGCAGCACCAUGAUAAUCACAUUCAAAAGACCCUCAGCGCCGCUCUCAACAAACGAGGCCGAGUUUUUGGCCGGCGCUUAUUUUUUCCACGAUGAACAAAUUAGUGGAACCAUGCAGCCUAACGGUCUCUGCGACGUGAAAUUCAACGGAGUUAACAGCCCUCUUGCGGGCAUGAUAGAUAAUCCGGGCACUCAACACUUAUACUGGAAUAUUGACGGUCCUUUAUCAUGCCGCCAACAGUUUGUUCCUAGCAGCAACCAAAGCAUCACCAUAAAAGUCCAAAGUAUCGAGAAGAUGUCGAAAGAGCCGAGCUGUGUGACACAGUGCGGCGAUAAUGGCUGUCGCUGUGUUUCAAGCAGCCCCUUGAAAACUAUUGAUCAUCUCGUGCUCCUCGCCGACAACAACCUGAACAUCGCCUGCCUGUGCGGCAGCUUCCAGAGCGAGGGGCUGCCGGUGAGCGCCCGCACCUGGGGCUCCCUCACCGUCAUCUACUCGGUCGCCCACUACACUUGGACUAAGAAGGGGUUCGGAUUUUCCGCGUCUUAUGCGUUCAAUACCGACACGAUCUGCGGACAACAUAUCUACACGAUCCAUUCAGGUGAAAUUACGAUGAAAAACCUGACGCCUCCGGAAAACCUAAACCACUUCUACCAGCAAAGCUGCACUUGGACUCUGCACUCCAACGUGGAACGCCAGCUAGAACUAGAUAUCACCUCCAACCAAAACCGUCCUUGCACCGCUUGGAACAUCAGCAUCCACGAGUACUCCCCGACAAACAACCAGCAUUUGGGGGACCAGAUCCACACGUUUUGCUCAAGGGACAACCACAAGCUCUAUCUGCUACCUUGGAAGUUAAACACAGUUGUUGUUAGAUUGUUUACGCUAAGUAGAACUUUACCCCAAUUCAAGAUAAAAUGGAAAUCGCAGGUGGUCCGCGCCAAUACGCGGUUCGUUGGAGCGCCGUCUGCAGCACCCAAUGCUGUGUCAUCAACAGACUACCUAGAACCUAAUUUUAUGGGCCUUCUAUAUAUGCUUUUAAUCCUAAGCAAACUGUGUUUUUGGUGUGGACCUAGUGGAUUAAAUAGAUGAACAUUGCAACGACAGAACAACGCUCUAGUGAUCGUAUUUAUUUGCACACGAUGAAUUAAUGUUAUUCAGAAAUAAAAUCUACCCUAGACAAUGUAGACUACCAUGCAGAUUUUGUACUUAUUUUAAUUAAAUAUAUUGUAUAUAAACGAAAAAUAUGCCUUUGAGGCUGUAUUUUUCUAAACAUCUGCUCAAUUUGAAUGCCAAACACUAUGCAUCCAAAAUUUAAUAAACUGUCCACCACCUUACUAUCCCACCCACCCGAAUGUCAAUACCUGUGGUAAAAGUUCCUACAAACACAUUUUUCUUCGGCUUAUUUCGUAUUGAAUUUUGGAUGUGUAAAUGUCUAUGAUGUCUCUAAAGAAUGAUAUUCAUUCUUGACACAUGUCUAUUCAUCUAUCUGUGAUAUAACUAUUUGAAAUUACGAUCACAUAAAAUCAGUAAAUAUAAAGCAAUAAUACCCAAAAUCGGAAAAAUUGGAUGAAUAGGAAAAGAAUAUAAACAAUGAUUUUCAGGUCGUUAACUAUAGAGUAAUGUAAUUUAAAAUUCAAUUUUGAUGCAUUUUAGACUCUCUAGUAACUUUUAGUUGUUAGAAUGUUAUCAUUAUCGGUAGAAGCUUACUAGAGUAUGAAAAAACGUACUUAAGGACUUAGUUUUAAUUUCUGUUGUAUUUUAUAAAUAUUUACAAGGAGCCAACUUAAAUUCGCACGCUACCUAUUGUACGACAUUAGCAUAACAAACUUAAAAAGGCAUUAACAUCGCGAUAUAUAUAGCCUAUUUUUGUGCCGUUUUUGUUACAAAUUGAGCAGCUGUUGAUGUGUUAAUAGCACUGCACAAUUUUGUUGUAAUGUUAGGUUUGUGUCAAUUAUGAGAUAUAUUAUAUGAGAACACAUUCUUCGAAGAUGCAUUUGUUUGCAAUAAACCCAACUAGCAACCUG